GGCCUGCCACACUGCUGCUGUCAGAUUAAUAGGUGCGGCCAUGUUGAUCUAUAGUGAAUAAAAUCGAGUUAUUUUGCUUUUAGGGAUUUAUAAUUGACACAAUAUGCCCAAAUGCGACCUAAAAACGAGAUACAUCCCAGCAACAUUCGCCUGGACUUUAUUGUUGGGCACGACAUCCCUAUUUUUUUAUUAUCCAUGUCAAUAUUACCUGUACAAGUACCCAUGGGUGCCUGCGUAUCAAGGGGUGGUCACGUUUUUUGUUUUGGCCAAUUUCACACUGGCCACUUUCAUGGACCCGGGAGUCAUACCGAAAGCUCCACCUGACGAGGACCGGGAGGACGACUUCAGAGCGCCCCUCUACCGCAGCGUGGACAUAAACGGCAUCACGGUGCGAAUGAAAUGGUGCGUCACGUGCAAGUUCUACAGGCCGCCGCGAUGUAGUCACUGUUCCGUAUGCAACCACUGUAUAGAAACGUUUGACCACCACUGCCCGUGGGUGAACAAUUGCAUCGGGCGCCGCAACUACAGAUUCUUCUUCUUCUUCCUCAUAUCUCUCAGUAUACACAUGCUGAGUAUAUUCGGCUUCAGUUUGUACUACAUCAUGAAUAUAAACAAGACGUUCACGCAAGUGGAGCCGAUAUUGUCAAUGGUAAUAAUGGGCAUAAUCGGCCUCCUGGCCAUUCCCAUAUUCGGGCUGACCGGGUUCCACAUGGUGCUUGUGUCCCGGGGCCGCACCACCAACGAGCAGGUGACGGGCAAGUUCACGGGCGGCUACAACCCCUUCUCCAGGGGCUGCUGGAACAACUGCUGUUACACGCAGUUCGGGCCUCAGUAUCCUAGUCUAGUCAAACCGUCGAAAUACAUCUACAAGGGCAAGAAACGGCGGGAAAUGCCCCACGGAAUGCUCUCGGCGUCGGCUAUAUCCACCAUAGCGACGGAGACGCAGCAGGUAAAGACGUACACGGCUGACAACGGCGCGGCGCACCGGCCCGCGGUGGCGGGGCCGCACGCGCACUACAACAAGCUAUCCCCCGGGCGGGAGGAGCACGAGGGCGACAUGGAGGGCCCCGGGGCUUCCCAGAGCGCGGACUGCGAGCCCACGCCGCCGCUCAUCCAGCGCCGGGGCUCCUCCGCGAACCUGUUCCCCCCGGCGGAGCCCCACCACCACCUGCCGCCGAGGCCGCAUAAUUAUCCGCGUUUAAGUCCGCUUUCAAGGAAUACAAGUCACACUGGCAACUCGGUGCCGUCUGGCUACCGAGUGGUCAUCGAACCGCUGCGGUACGACUCGGGCUCCAACGGCGCCAGGCCUUCGCCCACAAUGCAGCAGAGGAUCAAGGCGGUAGGAGUACCCACGCCUUUGGCAAUUAGCAGUCCCGUAAGGAGGUCCAACCCCGGCACGCCCACGCAGCCGCGCCGCCCGGACUUCAUCGGCGUCGGCGGCCGCUCCUCGCCGCAGCGCCGCUUCCUGUCCGAGGGCGAGCUGCUCCGCGCCGAGCCGCCCGCGCCGCACCGCCCCACCGCCGACGACAUCAGGGAACUCGCCGCCUCCCCGCAGCGGGGCAACUACAUGUGGGCGGAGCGGGCUCAGCACGCGCCGCCGCGAGGGGGCGUCCCCGUGUUCCCACCCCAGCCCUCCCCUCUCCCCCGGAGACGCCCCCCCAUCGCCCCCCAACCUCCUCGCCCAUCGAGACCCUUGUCCUUCGUCCGCGCGCUAGAAGUACAGGACCAGUUGGAGGCGCGCGCCCCCCCGCAGGAGCCCCCCGACCGCGCCUCUGUCUACGACUGCAACUACGAGAUAUCGGUGUGAGACGGGCGCGCCGCGGCCCGGCCGACAGUAUUGCGGUGACCGCGCGGGCGUUCCCGCGUGACCGGACGCCCGCGGCCGCCGGGACCCCGCCCCCGCGACCGGCCCGUCGGAGUGGUCGAUUGAACUCGAUUGCUCUGAGACGUGACGUUUUUUUUACCCCGACUCGUUCGUGUUGAACGAUCCCGACGAGCGGACCACGUGAUUCCAAAGAAAGUUUGUUAUGUUUGUUUAAAAAUUAUGACGCACAAUACUAUGGAGAUGUCCGAUUGAUUGAUACCUAUACAGUGUGAAUUAUGGAGUAUCCUUGUAAUUAUAGAUAAAAGCAUUUUGUAUCCUCAUGCCAUAGUGCGAGUCCGUUAUGGAAGUGAUUGUGUAACGUUAUGACGUAGUGUUAAACCUUGAGACUCGGGUUAUUGCUCGUAAGUUGUAAUUAGAGUUUUAUAAUGUAUGUAUAUUUGUGAGUAAUUCGUGUCGUUAAUUAUAUUUAACUGUGAAUUUGUUGAAAGAGAGUGUACAUAGGCCCCCCGGUGUUGUGAUUCCGAGUUGACAUUAUAAUAUAGAAUUAAAAAAUGUAUCAGCACUCGAGUGUCUCAAUUAUUGUAAAAAAAAAACAAAGAUAUAUUUAUAAAAUAUUUUCCUGGAGCUGUUGUAUGGUACUUGGAGGACUAUUAUUUGACCGACCGUUUGACGGCCUCUGUGGCGCAGCGGUAGCGCGCUUGUCUGUGACACCAGGGGUCCCGGGUUCGAAUCCCGGCCAGGGCAUGAUGAGAAACGAACUUUCUCCGAUUGGCCUGGGUCUUGGAUGUUUAUCUAUAUAAGUAUUUAUUAUAAAAUAUAGUAUCGUUGAGUUAGUAUCUCGUAACACAAGUCUCGAACUUACUUCGAGGCUAACUCAAUCAGUGUAAUUUGUCCCGUAUAUAUUAAAAUUAAAACCGUUAAGGAAUUGACUUUUAAGUUUCGAAAUAUACAAAAAAAAAUUAAGUCAGGGUUUGAAAAAUAUUUUGCUUAGGUCAAUAGUUAUUGAAAGGGGAUUAUUGAAAAUUGUGCCAAAUAUAUAGUAGACAGCUAUAAUGUUGCAACGUGAAUUUAUUCUCUAUAAAUCCUCGACAAAAGGCGCGUCCUUGACGCUUUGAUUUUUAUGACGACAGAAGUUGGACUUCCGUUAUCUUAGAAAGGCCCGCGCAUAUCUUUAUAAUCGUGCUCAAUUUCAAAUUUAGAAUAUAACAAUUUUCUAGAAAAGUUUGAUAAAUAAAUUGCGAUGGUUAUGUAUGUUGCAAUGCUCCAAGAAAAUUAUGCAUUAACGUAUUAUUCACUCAUUAUUUGAAUAUACAUAAUUAUAAUAUGAUUGUUUGUGAUAAAUAUUUUCUAUAUAAAUAUAUGUUAUGAAUAGAUCUCAUCACUUCGAUUGUUCACGACAUUGGUACUUAGGUUUCUCGUGUUAUAUCGAGAUUACAUAUGAAAAUAUUUAUAAAAAUGUCACUUAGGAAUGCAGCAGUUGAGAUUAUCUGUACAUACAUAAUAAUUUAUGUAUGUACAGAUAAUCUCAACUGCUGCAUAAUUGUUUAUUUACACGAUUUGUAACAAACAUUUUAAUGUAUAUAGAACAUAUCAAGCGAUGGAUGAAUGUCGUGUGGAUAACAUACAUAGUUACUCCAAUCUGUUAUCAUGAGGAUAUAAUAUGAAUAAUGCAAUAAGCUGGAUCUCAAUCACAGCACAGUCUGUGUGCCCUAUGAAUAAGUUAAAUAAGAAAUUUUAAAGGAAUAAUAUUUGAAAAGUUCCAGAAUUAUAAUUAAUAAGUACUUGGUUUCCUUAUUCUUUAUUUGAAAAGAAUUAUAAAAAUAAAAAACCUAUCUUUUAUUUAGAUUUUUGGGAUCCGCAAAUUACCGCGUUUAGGUGAUUCUUUCCAUGCUGUCGAAAGAUUUGGCAAAGUUUUAACGCCAAAUUGAUGACUAUUGUUACGUACGAGUGACUAACUAAAAUAAGACUAAUCUCACGAAGGCACGAAAUCGCUUGAUAUGUUUAACUGUACAUAGUUGUCACUAUAUAUUAAGAUUUGCAUGUAAAUACUUACCAUAAAAUAAAAACAACACUAAGGACAAUUUUGUAUAGUACGUGUAAUAGUUUGUUGUGGGUGUAUGUAUAUUUUAUUUUCAAGUAUUUAUUUUAGUUAAGUAACAUAAAUAAAUUCUGCAACAGUAUUUUUCCUUUGCAGACGACAGACAUAUCAGCGGUGUUUCUUUUUCAGUUUUACGAUAACCAUGUAAAAAAUUUUUUUUUAAAUUAAACUGGCAUAUUAAUUUUUUUUUCUCGAUUUUUUUAUUAAAUUAAAAAGAAAUGAAACAAAUUUGUAAUAAUGAAGAAUUUUUUUUGAGAGCUAAAUUUUCUUUUUUAAGAAAUGUUGCCAGUUACAGCUAAUACGGCCUAUUGUUGAAGGUUUAUUAUAGAAUGUUGCUGAAUUUCUCGUUUUCUCACAUUCCGCAAAAGAAAAGUCGAAACUUGCUGGAUCUGUCAUUUACAGAAUUUUGUUUAGAAGUGUAAUUUUAUGUUUUGGUACGCCUAAAAUGAAAGCGUUGCUUUGGUAAAAAUUUGAAAAUUGAUAUGAGCACCUUUUUUUAUAAUUUUAAAAUGUGACUUGCAUUAGUGCGCAUUCUUACAAAAUGAUACAAUGUACUUAAAAACUACACAUUGAAACGACAUUGUUGCAUAUUAAAUGCUUAUACUAAAUGUAAAAAUUCGGGAUUAUGAAAAGUGAAAAAUCCCUUUAUUCCUAUGAGACAAGCAAUAAGAAAAUAUUUUUUAACAAUUGAUCAAAAAUAUGUCUUGAUGUUUUCAAUUGUGUACUAAUCAGUUUUCGAAACAAUCUUUUAUUAAAAAUUGUUCGUAUUGUGUUUGUGUUUUCAAUUUAUUAGUCUAAAUUGGCGAUGAAAAAUACCUAAAUUUAUUUAACAAAUUUAUAUUAGUAUAAAAAGUUUUAACAGAAAAACAAAACUGUAAAACCUAGUCCAGGAAUAUUCGUUAAUAGUCAAUUCAGACAAAUGUUGCGAUUUUAAAUGAAAGAAAUGAUCCCAGGAUUGGAAUAACGCAAUAGAUUCACGAGACCGACGAAUUAUUUUUUUCACGAAUCACGAACAAAUAAAUCACGAAUUAUAUUUUUAUAACAAUGGUCGUCUCGUAUUUUUGUCUGCCUCUUUAAAUUUAUGCAUCGCGUAUAUUUAAAGAUGUUAAUAAAAAAAGUUGAUAAUAAAUAUAGGAUCCUGUUCGGAUUUCGGUAUAAGUAUUGCAGACGAAUAUGUAAAGCAAAGAACAGUUUCAAAAUGUUAAGACAGUGUGCCUAUAUUUCUUUUUCUUAAAUUGACCUGAUGAUAAUCAUAGAUUUCAUCAUAAUUAUUUGAAAUCACUGACGGAAAUAUGAAUUCAUUCAAAGUUUUUUGAAUGCCUUGACUUCGGUUCUUGUAGUUUUUCGAAUUCUCGUAAUUUCUGGACUGGUAAUGUGUAGCAGUCACUAAUGACUUUAUGUUCAACUAACAAUCUAAGGAUACUAAAAAUAUAAGUAUUUCCAUUAAUAUAGACUACGACAUUCAAGAAUUAAGAUGAAAAUGUUGUGUCUAUAAUCAUAACUGUAACUACUACAGUUAUUUCAUGCCGACUGUACUUUAUCCAAUUUUGUAUGGAUCGAAUAUUUAGCAGCACAUUUGUUUUUAUAUAGAAUGUUAAUCUCCUCAGAGAUCGUCAACCUACCUGUAUGUAUGUGACAGUCUUUUAUUUUUGUAUUUUGAUAAAAUUUGUGUAAAUAAUUUUCUUAUUUUAUUGAUAUUAAACUCAAUUAAUCGAG